AUGUCUACACUGCUGCCACCUCCGAAGCGACAGAAGCAGUCGCAUGCCAUCCCAUCAGCCAUCGAAGGAGGCAGUCAGUCUGUGUCUAUACCGAACGUUGUUGUUCAGUUUUUGUCCGACGAUGGUUGCAACUCCCUUGCACCCCCGGUUUCGCUGCCAGCCGAUGUUCCUCGAGCACACCUGGAAUCUUUAGUGAAUCAGUUAUCUAAUUCUGAAGAUGAGCCAACACCGUUUGACUUGCAUGUGGCACUGCCCGAAACAAAGGCUGGAUCACCCACACGGGUGAUCGUCUCAACCUCCAUCCUGGUUGAUAUUCUAUCACUGCCAGGCACACCUCUUACCCCUGAAGAUGUGAUCAAGAUUAGGUGCUCCCCUCAGGCGGUUUUUAGAGUGAGACCAGCCACUCGGUGCUCAUCCACUCUGUCUGGACACAAAGCUGCCAUUCUAUGUGCAGCUUUCUCGCCCACAGGCGAGAUGCUAGCUACCGGGUCCGGGGAUAACACCGCCCGCCUUUGGGAUUUGAUGACGGAGACGCCGAGUCACACCUUAGAAGGCCAUCGCGGUUGGGUGCUGUGUGUGGAAUGGGAACCGAGGCAACGACUCCUAGCCACUGGAGGUCAUGAUAAUGCUGUCCGAUUAUGGGAUCCCAAAACGGGAAAGUGUAUCGGAAAUGCCAUGACUGGUCACACCAAGUGGGUGACCAGCUUGGCAUGGGAGCCGGUUCACAUAAACCCGACAAACCCUCGAUUGGCGUCCUCUUCCAAAGAUGGAACUGUGCGCGUCUGGUCAACACGAUUACGAACACUUGAAUAUACUUUGGGCGGGCACACCGCUAGUGUCAAUGUCGUUCGAUGGGGUGGUGUUGGAAACGGAAGGCUAUAUACCGCGAGCAACGACCGAACCGUGAGAGUUUGGGAUGCAGACCGAGGUCAAUGCCUUUGGUCGCUCACAGAUCAUGCGCACUGGGUCACCACACUCACACUCAACACUGAUUUUGCUACUCGUACGGGGCCCUUCGAUCACACGAAUCGUGUCCCGAAGUCGGACGCAGAAGCUAAGGAAAGGGCGUACAAACGUUACGAGGCAGUAACAUCCAAUUCCUCUGAAAUGCUUAUUACCGGAUCCGACGAUCAUACAUUGUUCUUGUACUCGCUACCAUCGUCCAGUAUGGCCGGAGAUGUAACUCAUGGGAAGAGACCCAAACCUCUUGCGCGACUGACCGGGCAUCAACGACAGGUGUCGCACGUCGCAUUCAGUCCUGAUGGCCGAUGGGCGGCCAGCGCCGGUUGGGAUGCCGCUGUGAAAAUAUGGGACGGUAGAACGGGAAAAUUUGUUACAACGCUGAGGGGGCACGUUGCAGCUGUGUAUCGACUAUCUUGGUCGGCGGACUCUCGUCUUCUAGUCACCGCAUCCAAGGACUCGACGCUUAAAAUCUGGUCGAUGAAAUCCCUGAAGCUACACACGGAUUUGCCAGGGCAUGACGACGAGGUUUACUGCGUGGAUUUUGUCAGAGACAAGAUUGUCAGCGGUGGCAAGGAUGGGCUGGUGAAGAUGUGA